GUUUAACCUUAGAGAGCUGAUUGUCGUUUGGCGGUAACUUGUACUAUCUCUUUACCCUGCUACCGGUUCGGACUAUAGUCGGACCCUUCUAGCAUCUAUACGAACUUUGGCCGACAUCCAGCCAAUGGAAACUACUAGUCUCUCUUCAACUUUGGAACUCCUGUGUGCACCCAAAAAGCUUGAUCGUGAGCGAGGUGAGGAUCAGCUGAAUAAUAUCGUAUUAACAUUUGACGAAGUCAAGUUUGUGUCAAGUUGGAUAGAAGAAAAGUUGGAAGGGCUUUCAAAUUGGGAAGAUGUGUUUGGUGGGAUCACUGCAGCUAUCAUUCUACUUCGUAAUGUCGACUACAAGUCGCUUGUGGAUGUUGGUAUUGUAAAUAAGUUAGAAGAGCAAGCGGUAGAAUGUCAUGAUAACAUUGAAUUCCGAGUUCGAAUAGCUGCAGGUCAGCUUAUGGGUUCCCUCUGUCGACAUGCUGGACUACCUUUAUUUCUUCGUUACUUACCCACUGUUAUCCAAGGUGUCAUCACUAAUUUGGAGAGAAAUACCGAGGCACCUGUGUCAGAAGCCGAAUUAUCUCUUCGAGAACUUGAUUUAGCUAAGGUUAGUAAACUGCAUCUGUCUUCUACAGUGGCUGGUGUUUUUACAGGAACACAAUACUAAUUUGAGUAGCAGUUCUCUGUCUAUUUUUCAUGAUACAGCUGGUUGGAAAAACUUGGAAACAUGGAUGAAGAGUUUACAGGAAAUGGUGUCAAAUCUCCCGGCCAAGGAUUUUGCUAAAGUGGAUAAAACUGUUAUUUUGGAACUUAUUUUUAAAGCUGUUCAACAUGUCAAUCGUUUCGUACGUGAGACGGGUUAUGAUGUUUUAUCAACAAUGAUUUCACGUCAUUUAUGUUAUUCAGAGUCAGAAGCGAAGGAAACAACUUAUAUCAACGUUGCAAACCAACUUGUCUUGGGUUUAUCAGACAAUUGGAGUCAAGUACGUAUGGCGGCUUCUAGAGCAGUACGAACUCUUUUUGAGGUUGAUCCUCCGCCUGGAUAUACGAGAAACGAUAUUUACCCUAUUCUUCUACCAGCUAUGUGCUUGAACAGAUAUUAUAUUGCUGAAGGUGUCAAGAUCUAUAGUCAAGAUACCUGGUGCCGUGUUACUCAAGGAGAAGGCCGAAAGUUACUUGGUCAGUAUUUAAUUCCAGCUGUCGAUUAUUACAUUAAACAAAGUGAUGCUGAUAAUCACGCUGUUCGUGAGGCCGCUUGUGCUUCCAUGGCUGAAAUUGUAACUAAGUUAGAUUCAAAGUUACUGCUGCCGUGCGUCAACAAACUGCUUGAUGCUCUGACAGUAUGCUUUGGAGAUGAAAGUUGGCCGGUAAGAGAUGCUGCUUGUGUCGCACUUGGUUCAUUAAUCUCUAUCUUUCCGAAUGAAACACGCGCAGCUGGAUAUGAUAAUUUAAUGGCUGUACAAUUCUUACGAAAUCUUAGCGAUAGCAUUCCAUCUGUGCGUGAUGGUGCAGCUAGAUCUAUUGCUGCAAUUUUAAAGUCGGUUGAUGAUCAGGAUUUAUUCCAAUAUUAUAUCAAUCAUAUCGUUGAAAAGAUUAAUGGCUUGAGCAAACAGCCUAAAGAAUCUCAUGGUGCAGAAUCUAGUCGUGUGUCUGGGAAGGGUCCAGGAGCCUCUCAUGUCACUGUCCACAGUGGAGAUGCUGCUCAUGACCGUCGUCAUACCGAUCAGGUUAUGUACUCCUGUGGAUCAUUGGCUCCGAAGUUGCAGAAAGGUCGAAAAGGUGGUGGUUGUCACGAUGGUCUCCACCAACGGUCCAGUGAACCUUGGGAAGAGGCUGAUGGCGCGAUUCGUCUGAUUGGUCAAAUAGCAGAGACGUUUCCAGAUCGAAUCACGGAUAAUUUAAUUUCUCAACUACUGAAGGGUUGUGAAUAUCGAAACUAUACUCAUUAUCCUUAUUUUUUGGAAACUGCUUGUGAUGUAAUUAUACAACUUUGUAAACAUCUCGAAAAACCUCUAUUUAAGAAGCAUAUGGAUGCAUUUUUGGAAGUACUAGCAGCUGCGGUAGAAAGUAAAUUACCACUGGCUGUCGGUGCCGCAACGGAAUGCCUUACGUCUAUAGGGAGUCGUUUUGGUCCAAAUGUGCUACGUGGUCGAAUUGAAAGUCAUAUUAAUGCAUUUGUUUCUGAAAACUUGGUUCAAUUAUUACCUGUAUAGUUUUUUUACUGUUGUGACCGGCAUAGCCAAUAACUAGUAUCGAUGACUAUUUUAUUUGGUGCUUAAUCAUUUUUAUAAUUCAAGUUCCUGGUUCUUUAUGACAGGAAAUUAAAAAAAUAAAAACUGUACUUGAUGUAAUUUUGAAUAUUUUUUUAAAGACAUGCAAUCUUUGCUGUAUAUUAGUAAUUUGUGGUUUCGUGUGCUAUUAAAUACCAGUCUCCUGUAUUCGGUAAAAAUUUUU